AUGUCGACAGCUACAAAAAAAAUAUCACGAUUAGAAAGAGAAGCUAUUUUACGUGCCAAAGAUUCGGAAUAUAAACGUGAACAAGCAUCAAGUUUAUUAACGGAUUCAUGUCAGGAUGAAGAAGUAUUUGAAAAUGAUCGUCAUCGACGUUUUGAAAAGAUGAGACAAACACGUCAAAUACAACGUGAAAUUGAUCAUCAAGUAGGAAUGAUAGACAAAUUAAACGAACGAAAACAACAAGAAAUACAAAAAAAACAAAAACCAACGACAACAACAACAACACCACGAAGUUAUCUUACAUCUUUAUCAUCAUCAUUAUCAUCAUCAUCAUCAACAACGUCAUCAUCAGUGACCGAUCGAGCUAAUCGUGGCGGAACAGCUACAGAAAAAUAUACAACUACCAAGCAUACCAGUGAUGGCAAAGUCUAUUAA